CGCCGCUCCCCCUCCUGCAUUACAUAAGCGAGGACUGAACGCGUCGCGUCGUGAAGUGAGUUGACGUCAACCGGUUGUACAUUAUCUGCAUCUCUGACUUGUUUUGAUUUCUUUUCCUUUCCAUUUCGGCCACGGCUGGUUUACAAUGCCCACCCCCCUCACCCGCAGCACUGCCGACUCCUUCAACUCGGCAGCCACCAUCGUCCCCGACGACCGCAGACCCACCCGCCUCACCCGCUCCUCCGCCCGCAACAACCCACCCGACCAUACCCUCUCCCUCAGCCAAUCCUCUUCCCAGGGGUCCGCGAGCCACUUGUCUGCCGGGAGACAGCUCGCUCCCGCCAACAGCUUUGAGCGACGGAUCAAUAAAGACUUGGGGGUCCAUGGAGGGGACGACGGGAUGAUUGGGCUGUUGCAGACGCAGGAUGUGCCAGAUGGGUCUGGGUGGAGUUUUCUGCGGGAUCAGUCACAGUCCCAAAAGACGGAACAAGACGAUAUGGCCCUCGACCCCCGCUCCUCCCCUCCUUUAGCAUUCGACCCCACUAUCCUCUCACACGAGCAACGUCACCCAGGCUACCGUCAAACCUCCUACUCGACUGCAUCCGUCGCAUCGUCCUGCGACAAUUCAGAUCUCUACUCGACGACGGAUAUCGACACGGACGACGAAAGCUCGAGACGGCCGUCCAUCUCACAUAUGGGUGAUUUAGGAUUGGGAGAUAUCAGUCUGGAUCAUAAUGCGCUUCUGUCGGCACUGCCCAGUCCGGCGGCAGAGAUGAGGUCGCCGUUGGGCUAUCGCGCGGCAGUUUCUCCGCAGGAUAUACACCGGGACUCGCCGGUGGCUGGGUAUCAUUCGCCUGAAGCGACAGACUUGCCGCAGAUGCCUAGAAUACUAUCGGGGCCGACGAGGACGGGGAAACGGGCACCGAGGGGGAAAGCCGCUAAAGAUGAUGAGAUUACUCAAGCCGAAAGACUCGAACAUCGUCGAGAUAUAAAUCGCCGCUCGGCUCAAAAACACCGUGCCCGCCGGAAAGAAGAGUCUGAAAUCAUGGCCAAGCUCGUCGCUAGUAAAGACGCAAGGAUCCGGCAGCUGGAGCACGAGUUGGCGGCGGAGAAGGCGAGGACGGAGCAGUUGAGGAGUAUGUGGAAUCAGAGGUUUGCGAAUAACGGCCCGGGGAUAUAGGGGAGUCGUUUAGGAUUGAUGUUUUGGUGGUGUAUAUUUCUGUAUUUGAUUUCUACUUGUACAAUAUUUCUAUCCAAGCUUGCUGCCACCACCCUGCUCCCUGCCCUCCUUCCCCAUCCACUACCACAUCUCUACGAGCGUCGCUCUCGGCCCAUACCUCUUGGGCUUCCGUUUCGGUCACGUCUCUAUACCCCAGCUUGCCAACCCCACUAUAUUUGUAUAGUAACUCCCAAAGACGGGAUGCGCAGUGUUCCAUACCGGAUAGACCAAUGCGCAAGAGAGCCACAGAAGGGUCAGAGAAGAAGUGGAACCAGGUAAAUUGUGUAAACAGUCUUGUAUAAAAGUCUCGGCGUCCCUAAUAGGUUAGUCUCAAAGCGCGGUUGCUCGCUCCUUUUACUCGAUUAUCAGAACCAAUGCAAGAUGCAAAAGUACCAUACCAAAAGACGAUAAGACUGAUAUGCCCCGAGGAACGAAGGAGGAAGGAUGAUAUGACGUGUCUGUAUGCAGAUAUGCAAGUCUCGGGGAUCUUCAAAAGGCGUUAUGCCUCGGAUAUCAGCCUCAUCCUCCUCCGUCGUGUCUCGCGUGUCGACGGCUCUGAACAUUGUAAAAGGAACAACAACACGAUUACACGAUGUGUUAGAGAACGAGGUACACGGUGUGUGGUUGUUUUCUGUCAGGCUGGCAUUUCGGCUUUUACACCGCGAGCCCAUUAUUAACUAUGGAAGAGCCAUACUUAGACCAUAGACCAUAGAGAAGAUCGGCGUACGAUCACCCAACCCCCAUCAUGCCCCAAUCAUAUGUACUGGGCCAUGAGAGCGUCUCCGGUCUCUGGUGCAACCUCGUGGUGAGGCUCGUGGCUCUGGCUCGUGGUGAUGGGACAAUCUGUCGUGUCGCCCGACAAGACAACAACAAAACGGCGUACGGCAAAAGCGAGGCGAGGCGAGGCAAUCUGUUGUGUAGGAUUGAUAGAAGAGGGGUGGUGGUGUGGGAGUGGGAUUUGUUUACAUAUGGAGAGAGGGCGGUCUUGUUCCUCUUGUUUUACCUUUCAGCCUUUCAACUUGUUCGUCCAGUUUCCGUUUCAGAAUCGUAUAUCGCCGAAAGGGAAGCACGUCCACACAUGGCUUUGACUGAAUCACCUCCACAUCAAGCGGUGGGAGCACCACAGUAUCACCUCGUCCUCUGUUUGACUGUAAGAGGUUUGGAGGCGGUCGUAUACGACGACGCUCUUGACGUCGUGGGACGAUCAGAAGCUUGUUAUGGUACACAUGUAAGAGUUUGCUUCCAAGAGACGCUGAAAGCGACGUCGCUGACUCUUGUCGCUCAGACGCAACCUGCUUUGCCUUCUUCGGCCUAUGAACCGACAUGCAUAGCCGAGCUGUACAGCCUGAUCACAGCCUGAUCGGUCAGUCAUCAGCCAUACCCCUUCCUCUUCCCAUUGACGAUAGCUAACAAAGAGAUACAGACUCGGUCGUGACGGCCUUGAGACACAAUAUCGACUUGUCCAAAGUCUCGAGCAUCAGCGGUAUCCUUUCCCUCCACCCUGCCCCAGUUUGCAAGAGACGACAUUCCACUCGGAUACCUCCUCUCUGGAUACUUUACCGAUACCGCGAAAGUCACUCUUCAAGAACUUCAAUUCUCUGGGAUCCAGUACGAUGCAGGAUACAGUCUGCGGUGCACGAGAGAUCCUGCAGAAGUCAUUGGCAGAGUCAAUCAACGAGGUGUUGAGAUGGGAUUACCAGCAAGCUGCGUGGUUUUGCCUUGUACGUCGUAUCCCCGUCGGAAUGAGUGGACAGAGACUGAUAUCAUGGAAGAACAGUCGUCCCUUCAUCCCUUAUCCCCCUACUGAAUCCUUGGACCUUUCAAGGCAGUCACGAGGUUCAUAUAGUUUUUGAACCCGAUUGUGAUACCACCAUUAUCCGGCUUCGGGAUACUACUCCUUCGGUCGGUCUGGAUAAGCAGAUCGCAAAAAUUGGCGGUACCCUUGUCACACGGGUCCAUGACCUCUAGCGAUGCCCUUGUAGUAGUCGAGGUGAGUCGAGAUGGCUUGAGGACCAUGAGAGGUAGCCAAGCCAAUGCCGGAGGACAUGGACGCUUGUGUUGAAGAGAGACAACAAUAUUUGAUCGACAGAGUAUCUAAAAGCUAUGAAAAAGUGUGGUAUUUAUAUCCAGCCUCAAGCCUACGUAUCCCUUUUCCAUGACCUUCCAGUGUUUUCUACAGUGGCCAACAGAGUGGCAAAGAUUAUUCUAGAUGCUUCGAGAUAUUUCUGGGUCGAGUGGCGACAGCCACGUGACAGUCGGCCCAUUCUCUAUGCGAGCGUCCCUGCGAGCGAAGUAUGAUUGAGGGUAUAUUGGAGAAGGGUAGGGAUAGAGGGGUGUGGAUGAUUGUAAAGAGUGUGGUGUAGAUACUCAUCGACCGUAAGUCAAAGAGUGAAGAUAGUUGGUAAAAGAGUGUCGCGCGUGUAUCGUUUUUGCUGAACAAGCAAGGACGAUAGAGACCUGAGCAGGGUGUGUCGUAUCGAUUUUGGUAGAAGCGGGGACGAUAGAGACCCGCUGUGAACUAGAGGUGGUAUCGAUUUUGGUAGCGGGGACGAUAGAGACCCGCGGAGGAGAGGUGGUAUCGAUUUUGGUAGCGGGGACGAUAGAGACCCGCGGA